AUGAGUCCAGUUGAAACAAAACCAAAAUAUCCAAAGCGUAGAUUUGUAGGAAAGAAAUCAAAUAAUGAAGAUAAUAUAACUGAUAAAAAGGAUUCACUAGUCAAAAGAAAUAAUGGUUCAAAAUUUAUAAGUAGAGUUAUUAAUCAAAUACCUGAUGAUAUUUUAAAUGAUAAAGAUUUAGAUGAAGCUAUUAAAUUAUUACCAAGUAAUUACAAUUUUGAAAUACAUAAAACAAUAUGGAACAUAAGGAAAAAUAAUGCUAAAAGAGUUGCUUUACAAAUGCCAGAAGGUUUAUUAAUUUAUUCAUUAAUUAUAAGUGAUAUAAUUGAACAAUUUUGCCAAGUGGAAACUUUAGUAAUGGGUGAUGUAUCAUAUGGUGCUUGUUGUAUUGAUGAUUUUACUGCAAGGUCAUUAGAUUGUGAUUUUAUUGUACAUUAUGCUCAUUCAUGUUUGGUACCUAUAGAUGUAACAAAGAUUAAAAUUUUAUAUGUAUUUGUUACUAUAAAUAUUGAUGAAACACAUUUAAUCAAAAGUAUUAAGUUGAAUUUUGAUCAAGGUUCCCAAUUGGCUGUAUUUGGUACUAUACAAUUUAAUCCAACUAUACAUUCAAUUAAAUAUAAACUUGAAAAUGAUGAAGAAAAACCAAUAUAUUUGACUGCACCACAAACUAGACCAUUAUCUAAAGGUGAAGUGCUAGGUUGUACUAGUGCAAGAUUGGAUCCAAAUCAUAUAAGAGCAAUGAUAUAUAUUGGUGAUGGUAGAUUCCACCUUGAAAGUUCGAUGAUUCAUAAUCCAAGCGUACCCGCAUAUAGAUAUGAUCCAUAUUCUAGAAUUUUUACAAGAGAGUAUUAUGAUCAACAAGAAAUGACAAAAGUGAGAAAAGAUGCAAUAGAUCAAAGUAGGAAAGCUAGAAAGAUUGGUUUAAUACUUGGUGCUUUAGGUAGACAAGGUAAUCCAAUAACGUUAAAAAAAUUGGAAGAUUCAUUUCUGGAAAAAGGAGUUGAAGUUGUUAAAAUUAUACUAAGUGAGAUAUUUCCACAAAAAUUAUCAAUGUUUGAUGAUAUUGAUGUAUUUAUACAAGUUGCAUGUCCUAGAUUAUCAAUAGAUUGGGGUUAUGCAUUUAAUAAACCACUAUUGACACCUUAUGAAGCCAUGGUUUUAUUAGAAAAAGAUCAAAUGUGGAAUGAUAAUUAUUAUCCAAUGGAUUAUUAUUCAAAAGAUGGUUAUGGAAGAGGUCAGCAACCAGAUCAUACAGAUUUAGCAAAUUUAUAG